AAGGUUUUGUUUUACUAGAACAAAUUAGAAAGAAGAGAAAAUGAGGAGCAUACCCCCCACAAUGCUAAACACACACCCCAACACAAGUUCUUUAUGGCACACUCCAAUCCCAUAUCUCUUUGGAGGUCUAGCUGUUAUUAUGGGUCUCAUAGCAUUGGCAUUGUUGGCACUAACUUGCUCUUAUUGUAGGAACAACAGCCAAGAUGAUGAUGACUUGGACAACAAAGAAAGUGACCCUCAAACUAAGGAACCCAUCAAGGUCUACGAAGAGAAAAUCCUAGUCAUUAUGGCUGGGAAUGAGAAACCAACAUUCUUGGCUACUCCUACACUUUUGUACAUCAUUGACAAAGAAAAUGACAACCUUGUACUUGUUCAAGAAAAUGAAGGUUCUUGCUCUUCACAACAUAGGCAGUGAUUUUUUUAGUGCUAGUUAACCGUAGUUUUUUUUGUGUGUGGUUAUUUUUAGUUAACCAUAUUCAAUUUAUCUUAUUCCUUUUUGUCCCAACACUUUGUAGAGGUCUUCUAUAGAUAGUGUGCGUCACUUGAGAUGGAUAGUAGAAUGAGAAAUUCAUUUCUACCAA